CUAGGAACUGCAAGAAACCUUGCACAAUUUCUUCUGUUCUGAGGAAGUAGAAGUCCAGGACCUUACAUUUAAAACUACAAUGAGUGAGCAAAAGGAUUCUGAGCCAACCAAUGAAAAGGAGACGCCUUCUGGUGAGAAUGAUGGACAAAAGAAAGUUCAAGAGGAAUUUCAAAUCGACAUGGAUGCACCAGAGACAGAACGUGCAGCUGUGACAAUACAGUCUCAAUUCAGAAAAUUCCAGAAGAAAAAGGCAGGGUCCCAGUCUUAAUGUUAAGAGUUUCCUCACAGUUAAUGAUAAUGAAUAAAAUUCUACAGUCAUCAGAUAAAAAAAGUACAUGAACAAACAAACUAAUCAGCAAAACCCCCCAGACAGCUGCACAUUACACAUCUGAAUUUCAAACAUGAAAUGCAGGUAUGCAAGUUCUUGAUAUUUAUAGCCAUGUAGGAAAAUGUAAGACAGUGAUAUUUAAGUAAUUAAAGCUAUUUGUUUAACUCUAGUUCCAUUUCCUCUGUAACUAAUAACUUUAUUUGAUGUUA